AUGUCCGAUAUCGAGUCGCAGAGAGUCCUCGGGGCUGGGAUCCCGAGGACUGGCAGAUUGAUUGACGUCGCCUUCCCAAACAUUUCAUUGGACAAGUCGAUUGUCUUGAUAACGUUGGUUCAAGUUGGAGUAUACAUUCUCUCAUGUGCAAUGUCCUCGGCCUUUGAGCCUACGGAGCGUGUCUUGUACCAACUAGGAGCCACUUACGGGCCUGCGAUUAGACACUUCCAAGCAUGGAGGCUGAUUAUGCCCGUGUUCCUUCACGUCGGCAUCGUCCACCUGCUAUUUAACAUCCUAUUUAUUCUGCAUAUGGGACUUGACAAAGAAAUAAAGUAUGGGAGGACAAAUUUCCUCAUGCUCUACUUCUCCUCUGGCUGUCGGUGCCAGUACAGCGGGAUUUGGUAUGCCAACGUCGCUUCUUUGUUGCUGAUAAACAGCCUGGAAACCAAGCACCUCAUAGGUCUGGUUGGCUCCAUCCUUGCCGAGAUCUUGAUGGUGUGGCACAAGCUUGAUGAGCGCACACGGAACAUGUACACGCUCGACAUCACCAUCUUUGGAGCUCUGAUGAUUCUUCUGUCCUAUGGGCAAACUGGUAACAAACUUCGUACUGCUGCAUAUGAAACGUUUGAUGCAAAGCCGGUGUGCAUUUAG